AUGCAUGGCGCUCAAGUAAUAUCAAGUCACGUUGUACCUAUCGGACUGCUAUCAGAGGAGGCUGCUGAAGCCCGGAAAAAACAUUUCCGUAAAUAUGGCGUAGACUUUGCAAGAAAAUUUUCUAAAGUGGACUGCAACACAGAUAUUUUAAAUAGGUUGUUACUGACAUCCGAUCCCUUCAUCAGCUGCAACAGAACAAAACGGAAGAAGAAAAGCAAGUCUUUUUCCCAGGAAGCUAUUAGUAUUCUUCUCACGAAAACACUGAAUUGUGACAGUUCCAGUGACGAAGAUUAUGAGGACCAAAUCACCUGUGAACUCGGAAACAACAGAUUACUGCAGCUGAAGUAA